AUGGAGCUCCAGGAAUUGGAAAACGAGAAAAUUCCGACCGACUUACCCCGCGACUAUACCUACUCGACUGUUGAGUCCUACGUGACGGAUAUCUUGGGGGUUCAUGACAACCGCCUACGAAAUCAGCCCAAUGCGGUGAAUAAUAUACAAGAUUGUGGCUACCAAAUGUCAGCACUGGCGAUAAUGCGGACAACAAUUCCGUUGUUUUUCUCCCGAAAUUUGCGACGUGGGCCCUUUGUUUUCAUGUUGACUGAUCUCCACCAAAGCAACAUCUUCGUUGAUGAUAAAUGGCGUAUCACUUGCCUGGUCGAUCUUGAAUGGGCCUGCUCACGCCCUGUUCAAAUGGCCGAGCCUCCUUACUGGUUGUCUAAUAAAGGUGUGGACGAGAUUCAUGUCGAGGAAUAUGACAAACGUCGGCGAGAAUUGAUGACUAUAAUGAAGGCCGAGGAAGCAGCAAACUUCAGCGAAUUCCUUCCGAAGGAUGCAGGGAGCACGCCGUUCCGCCUGUCCGAGACUAUGGAACAGGCAUGGGCGACUGGGACCUUUUGGUAUUCCCUGGCACUCUCCAGCCCCACCGGUCUAUUCAGAUUAUUUUACGAGCAUAUUCAGCCCCUGUUGUCCGAGCAUGGCUCAGAUGAUAUCGGUGAAACCAUGCCCUUUUACUGGGGUAACAACGUGGGAAAAUUUGUGGCGACCAAGCUUGCUGAUAAAAGGAAAUAUGACAAAGAACUUCUGCUAGCCUUCUCAGAGAGCAGUGUUGAUGGUGAACAAUGCCUCUGA